CGCGUGUCGUGAAUGAGAGAGCGGAGAGCGUUUUGCUCCCUCACCAGACGAAUAAAGAUAGAGUAUUGUGAUUUAAAUUAAGCUGCACGGAGUAUAUAUUGGGAUGGAUCCAUUCACUGAGAAACUGUUAGAGCGCACAAGGGCUCGUAGAGAGAAUCUCCAGAAGAAGAUGGCGGAGCGACCCACAUCAGCCAACCGACCAAUGGCAAAGAGAACACGAGAACCACUUGUAGAUACGAACAGUGCCAUUAGUGAGCCCCCCGUCGAAAAAGCACUUCCCUCCUCAAAGCCAUCUCCGUCAAAGCGUCGCUGUUCAGAUGAGAAUACCCUCAUCACUGGAGAAGAAAACAAGCAACCAGUGGGUACACAUUUUACAGCCUCUGAGCCCAUGACAGACAAGAAGCCACCCCUGGCACCAAGCAGUGCUCGCCCUCGGCCAGUGGAGCAAAAGGUUACUCAUUGUACCCCAGAACCCCCAGAGAUGCUGCCCAUUCAUCCUUCUCCAGACACAGAAAAGAUGGUGGUGUGCCCUCCACAAUCUCCUGCAAAGCGCAUAGAGAAUGUUGUGAAUCAUUCUGCUCUAGAUGGAGCCAGAGAGACUCCUAAAGUUACACCAACCCCAGCCCCCUCUGGCAUGAGAUCACGCUUACAGAGACUGGCUGAACAGAGGCAGUACUGGGACUCUGAGGGGACUUCAGAGACUGUCCCAGAGAGCAUAGUGGUAUCUCCUCUAAAUUCCCAGAAAGAGGAGCUCCCCCCUACUCCUGCUUCUAUGAACUCUGGGCUACCUACUGGAAGAAAGCGUAGAUUCGCAAACCUAGCUGCCACUAUCGGUUCCUGGGAAGAUGACCUCGGACACCCGCCCACUCACCGGGACAAUUCACAAGUGCAGCCUGGCACAGCCUGUGUGCAUCCACCAGCCCGUGCUGCGGCAAACAUCAAUGCGAGGCCAACUCCUGCUGUGGAGCGACCUCAGUCAGCGCGGCCAGCUCCACAAAAGUCUAUUGACAUUGGUCAGCAGCCAUUGGUUUACUCUGCAGUCAAGUCAACCAGAGUGGUUCCUCCUUGUCCUCAGAAGACUGAGUUGCCUCAAACCAGUCUCGCUCAAGCGGUUCCCUCUCCUGCUUCCAGCCCAUUGAAGAUUUACUCCUCGACCCAGCCCUGCAGUCCACUCAAAUCUUCGACAGCUUCUCCCUCUAGUCCCCAUAAAGGUCAGAUCCCUCCGAGCCCCUUGAAGAAUCAGGGCCCAUUGAACAAAUUUAAUUCUGGAGCACUUAAUUCAAGUCCCGCAAAACCAGUUUUGGUAUCUAAACCCUCUUCUGCCGAUGCUGCUGUUGUACCGCCAAUUCGUGAGAGGUUUACCAAGAACACAACACCUAUACAGCAAAAAGGCCCAGCUGGAACUUGUGGGGGUGUGAAGUCAUUUUUGGAGCGUUUCGGGGAAAGGUGCCAGGAGCGUAACCAGAGCUCUCCCUCCACAUUAGGAGGACAAGGCCUUACUCCCGCAACAACUCCUGUCACUCCCAAGUCCAGGCUGCUUCAAGAGAGGCUUGGAGGUGCCCGGGCUACCUCCAGCACUGCCAUGCUCACUCAAAAGCAGAAAAUGGAACGAGAGGCAGAACUGGCACAAGUUCGUAAUCGAUUUCAGAAAGGCAACAUGUGGAGAAGCAAAGAGGAUCUCUCAGAGGUCAAGAAUGACCCUGAAAUCAAGGAAAUGGAAUCACCUGUACAGAGUCAGACAUCUGCACCACUACUUUAUAAUGAGCUUUCUGCUCCAGUCCCUGAAAUACUCGACAAUCCUUCCGAAUCUAGUGGAAAAGACAUGAACUGUGCUCUCCCAAUCCCAGUAAUGGAAGUUGAAUGCAAAGUAGAGAUGCCUGAAGUGAAAGAGGCAGAAGAAGUGCAUGAGAUUGAUAUAAAUGUGGAUGGUUCUGUAAACUCUGAAAUGAUAAACGAGCUCUUUGAUGGAGUUUUGGAUGAGAACGAGGAGGAGAGUGCAGAGGACGAUGCCUUGAAUAUCUCCUCAAUGUCUCUCCUUGCUCCGCUGGCAGAGACCGUGGCUGCUGUGGUCAAGAGCCCUGAGAGGAAGCUUAUGACAUCUACUCCUGCCAGCUCAUUCAGUGAGAAGAGUUCCACCCCACAAGGGGCAUCUAGGCCCAAUAAGUUUCAAAGGACACGCAUGACACGGGCUGAAUCAUCUGACGGCAUUGACAACAUAGAUGAGGAGCAAAACCAAAACCUUCUCUACAGCAUUGAUGCCUACAGAUCCACCAGGGUUAAGAAUGAGUCAGAGAGACCUCAUGGUAAACAGGUGAUUCUGAGAAAAGAGGAUGUUUCUCAGAGAAUGGAGACAAUUGGGAGCCCCAUUUACAUCAACAUUAAACAGAAAAUGAAGAUGUUGACCAACGAGAUGAACCUGCAGCAGACCGUGAUCCAUCAAGCUAGUCAGGCUCUCAACUGCUGCACAGAUGAAGAACAUGGGAAAGGAUCUCCAGUAGAGGCAGAAGCAGAGAGACUGCUGCUCAUUGCAACUGAGAGGAGGACUGCCCUCAAGGCUGAGCUUGACCAGUUGAAGGCAGAGAAGAAAGAACCCUGCAGUUCCCAAGUGGAUAUGGGUAUAUCUGCCUCUAAAGGCUCCAUCUCACUGCUGGAGCUGCGACUCCCCCUGAAGGCAGACUUUAUAUGCUCCUCUGCCAACAAGCCUGAAUGUGGAAACCAUUACUUCUUUGUGAUGAUCCGUGCUGGAGCUGAGAACACAGUGGCCACUCCUCUUGCAAGCACUCGCAAUGCUCUAAGUGGCAAUGCUCUGACCUUUACCAUGAAAUUCACUUUGUCCGAUGUCUCUAAUGACUUUGAGGUUGAUAUUGAGGUCUACUGUUUGGUUCAGAAACGGGAGCUGAUCCCUGAGAAGAGGAAAAAAAACAAAUCAAAGGCAAUCACACCAAAAAGGUUCCUCGCUAUCUCUAAGACCAACCUCCAAACACCCGUUAUGGCGAGCCCCGGUGGUCCAAAUGCGGUGCGCACCAGCAGCUUUGUUCUCGUUGGAUCACACAAGUUAACUCUAUCCUCUAUUGGGAAAAACAGGUUCCCCUUGGAGAAGAUCAAAUAUGAAGGGAGUGAAAGAGAGCUGCUCAGUGACAUGUUUCACAACAAGGUUCCUUUCCUUUGUCCUUUGGAGGGGCACAUUUACCUAAAAAUGCAAUGUGAGGUUGGCUCUCGAGUAGAGGAGAGAGGCUUCCUGUCUAUGUUUGAGGAUGUCAGUGGUUUUGGGGCCUGGCACAGGAGAUGGUGUGUCCUUUCGGGAUACUGCAUCUCAUAUUGGACCUACCCUGAUGAUGAGAAACGGAAGAAUCCUAUUGGUCGCAUUAACCUUGCCAACUGUACCAGUCGUAAAGUAGAGCCAGCUAACAGAGAGUUCUGUGCUCGGCCCAAUACAUUUGAGCUCAUCACCGUGAGACCACAGAGGGAGGAUGACAGGGAGACUCUGGUCAGCCAGUGCAAGGACACCCUGUGUGUUACAAAGAACUGGCUGAGCGCUGACACUAAGGAUGAGAGGAACCUGUGGAUGCAGAAGCUCAACCAGAUCUUGGUAGACCUGCGCAUGUGGCAGCCAGAUUCAUGCUACAAGCCCAUGUGAGCCUGUCUCUAUCUGGGAUCAAGGCCCAAACAUAUCCUGGUCUGACUUUCCCAUUGAUUUCCCAUCGUUUACUUGUCUGAUUUGGAAGUGCAAUAUGGUAUGAAAGUUACAGAGUGUUUACAGAUCCAUUUUACAAGCUUCUCAUUUUAGAUUUGACAAAGUCAAAUGUAUAUGGGAUAAGAAGAAAAAAAAAAUCAAUAAAGCCAUAAAAUGAGACAUUUACAGGGGCUUUCAGGUAUGUUAUUAAUGUUGUGUUGAUUAGUAAGGGUUACUUAAAAUCUAAUGAAAGUUUGCUUGCUUUGUUAAGACUGUCAAUUUGUAUAUGUAUGAAUAUAUUUAAAUGUGUCUCUUGCAAUACUACUGUCUGCUGAGAUACCUGCUGUAAGAAUAUUUUCGGAAGAUUCCUCAUUACUUAUUUAUGCAUGCAGAUGACAAGAAUUCACAAAAUAGAGUAAGACUAAAUCUUUAAAUUAACCACACACACUAAAUGUCACAUCUUGGUGACACCACAGCUUUAAUUCUCCUAAGAUUUUGAAGCUCUUCAACUUAAACAAACCCAUAAUAUCUUUAUAGUUUUUGAGCAGGUAUACUUUCUGAUGUAUUUGCUUUUACUUUGCCUUUACUCCUCCAUAACAGGAAUCAGUAUUUUGUUUAAAUGGUUUGGUUGGAUUUAUAGAUUUCUGAAAAAUUUGCUUGAAUUGAGAAAUGUAUAUUUAUAUACAUUUGCAGCCAAAAGUUUGUAAUUCUGUACAGAUUUUGCUGUUUGAGAAGGAAAUUGGUACUUUUAUUCACCAAAGUGGGAUUCAACCGAUCACAAAGUAUAGUCAGGACAUUACUGAUGUAAAAAUCAGCAUCAUCACUAUUUGAAAAAAGUCAUUUUUGAUCAAAUCUAGACAGGCCCCAUUUCCAGCAGUCAUUACUCUAAACACCUUUUCCUUGCGUAGUCAUGCAUAAAUUGCUAAUUUGGUACUUAAAAAUCAUGUGCCAUCAUAUCAAACACAGUUGAAAGCUAUUUGGUUCGUUAAAUGAAGCUUAACAUUGUCUUUUGUGUUUAUUUUUGAGUUGCCACAGUAUGCAAUAGACUGUCAGUCAAUCAUUGUUUUGAGGAAUGAAGGCUAUAUACAAUGCUUGAAAUUGCCAAAAACAUAACUGAAGAUUUCAUACAAAGAGUCUCUAGUUUGAGAAAUAGGUGCCUCAUGUCCUCAGCUGACAGCUUUAUUGAAUUCUACUCAUUCAACACCAGUUUCAUGUACUGGGAAGACUCAGUGGUUUAGGCCUUAUGGGAAGAAUUGCAAAGAAAAAGCCACGUUUGAAACAGAAAAAACCAAAAUAAGAGGUUACGGUGGGCAAAGAAACAGACAUUUGACAACAGAUAGUUGUAAAAGAGUGUUAUGGAUCUUAAACCAUUGAGCUUUUGUGGGAUCAUCUAGACUGUAAGGUGCGUGAGAAUGUAAGGUGCGUGAGAAGUGCCCGACAAGACAGCCACAUCUAUGGCAAGUGCUACAGGAAGUGUGGGGUGAAAUGUCACCUGAGUAUCUGGACAAACAGACAGCUAGAAUGUCAAGGAUCUGCAAAGCUGUCAUUGAUGCCCAUGGAGGAUUUUUUUAUGAGAACUCUUUGAAGUAGUUUAAGAAGUUCUUUUUUUUUUUUUUUUUUUUUAAAUAGUAAUUUUCUAUGUUAUUUAUACCCUGACUAUACUUUGUGAUCAGCUGAAUGCCACUUUGGUGAAUAAAAGUACCAAUUUCUUUCCAUAAGAGCAAAAUCUGCACAUUAUUCCAAACUUUUGGCCACCAGUGUAUAUUUUGGAUUAAGUACACAAUGGAGAGCACAUUUUUUUAUUUUUAUUUUAGAUAUUUAAGGGUAGUUUUACACCAUGCCAGCUAAUGCAUUUUGUGCUGACAAUUCAAAAUAAAAAAUUAGGUCUGAAUAUGUUUAAAAACCUUUUCUCUGUUUCUUUAUUAAAACUCACCAGAUCAAUGAAGAUUGGCUUCCAAAAUAAUAAAAAUACAAAUUUACGUGAUGUUGAAAUAUGUUGGUUGUCAGUUUCCGAGAUGAGAUAAAGUGCUAAUGGCAAAGGAAAGUGGUCAAUGACAUAAAAAUUAUGUUAUUACUUGCCUUGAUCCAGGUGGCUUUACAUUAAUUGUGAUGGUUAAAAUAUUUAUCAUGUACAACUCCUAUUUUCUAAGCGCUCUGUAUGACAUGUAUGUUUUUGUGUGUUUGCUUUUUUAAAAGUUUUUUUUUUUUUAAACUUUUAAAUGGUUAUAACCUGCCCUAGAUUUAUAUUUACAUGUAUCAAAAUGUGUUUGUUGAAUCUUUGUCUGUGAUACCCCCCCGCCCCCCACUGAACAUAUUAAUUACUUCAACUGAUACAGAUUUAAUUUCCUUGUUAUACAAUAAUACAAAUUCAGCACAUUCUCUGUAGAGAUCAUAAGGCAUUUUCGUGUUAUGGCAUAGACUGGCUGUUUUCUGUUAUCACCUCUUUUAAACACUCCAAAUGUGGCUUCCAUGUAUUCAGCAAAGCUACAGUUUAAAUAAACCAUAC